CGUUGGCUCGCGGCGGCCGGCCGCCGCUCGGCUGCAACACCAUCAGCUCGGCUAAGCUGCUGGACAUUUUUUCCAUUUCCUGUUCUCCGCCAGUUGCUUUUGAAGAAGCCCGACUUGGUUCGUCGCCUCUCCUCUGGCAAUCGUCGUCGUCUGACUUUACCGUGAAGACGUCAAUUGACCUGACCCCGGAUUUCCCCCAGAUACCCCACAGUGUCGAACCUCAACCGCAGCCAUGGCCCUCAACCUGAGGACGUCCCGAGCCCUGGGCUCCAUGAAGCUUGCCCGCGCGGCGCUGCUCGGCGCCCGUCCCUACAGCAGCUCCGCUGAGCCGGAUCUCAAGGCCACGCUCAAGGAGGUCAUCCCCGCCAAGCGCGAGCUCCUCAAGAAGGUCAAGGCCCACGGCUCCAAGGUCAUUGGCGAUGUCAAGAUCGAGAACACUCUUGGCGGCAUGCGUGGCCUCAAGGCCAUGGUUUGGGAAGGCUCUGUCCUCGACGCCAACGAGGGCAUUCGCUUCCACGGCAAGACCAUCAAGGACUGCCAAAAGGUCCUGCCCAAGGGCAAGACCGGCACCGAGAUGCUUCCCGAGGCCAUGUUCUGGCUGCUCCUCACCGGCCAGGUGCCCUCCACCAACCAGGUCCGCGUCCUCUCGCGCGAACUCGCCGAGAAGGCUCAGCUGCCUGCCUUUGUUAAUAAGAUGCUGGACGAUUUCCCGACGGAUCUGCACCCCAUGACGCAGUUCGCCAUUGCCGUGUCGGCCCUUAACUACAAUUCCAAGUUUGCCAAGGCGUACGAGAAGGGUCUCAACAAGGCCGACUACUGGGAGCCCACCUUCGACGACUGCAUUUCCCUGCUGGCCAAGCUGCCCACGAUUGCCGCCAAAAUCUACCAGAACUCGUACCGCGGCGGCGGUGCUCUGCCCGCUGAGGUCGACCUCGAGCAGGACUGGUCCUACAACUUCGCCGCCAUGCUCGGCAAGGGCGGAAAGGAGAACGAGAACUUCCAGGAUCUGCUGCGCCUCUACCUGGCCCUACACGGCGAUCACGAGGGAGGCAACGUCUCGGCCCACGCCACGCACCUCGUCGGCAGCGCCCUGAGCGACCCCUUCCUGUCCUACUCUGCCGGCCUUCAGGGUCUUGCUGGCCCUCUGCACGGUCUGGCCGCUCAGGAGGUUCUCCGCUGGAUCCUCCAGAUGAAGGAGAACAUUCCUGCCAAUUACACAGAGCAGGACGUGAACGACUACCUGUGGUCGACGCUCAACUCGGGCCGCGUCGUGCCCGGCUACGGCCACGCCGUCCUGCGCAAGCCUGACCCGCGCUUCGAGGCUCUCAUGGACUACGCGGCGGCGCGCCCGGAGAUUGCCAAGGACCCCGUGUUCCAGUUGGUGGAGAAGAACAGCCGCAUCGCGCCCGAGGUGCUCAAGAAGCACGGCAAGACCAAGAACCCGUACCCCAACGUCGAUUCGUCGUCGGGCGUUCUCUUCCACCACUAUGGCUUCCACGAGACGCUCUACUACACGGCCACGUUUGGUGUGUCGCGCGGUCUUGGCCCGCUGGCGCAGCUGAUCUGGGACCGCGCCCUGGGCCUGCCGAUUGAGCGACCUAAGAGCAUCAACCUUGAGGGUCUGCUUAAGCAGGCUGAGGGUCAGUAAGCGGUUGAUGAUGACUUUUGAGCGAGACAGAGAGAGCAAUUCGCAAGAAUGAUGUAUGGAUGGCCGAUGCGACGGAUGAUUUACUACAACUUGUAUAUAGGCGCUGAAAAUAGAC